AUGUCCUCGACGGAGAGCCCCGGUCGCACCUCGGACAAGUCUCCGCGCCCGCAGGUGGACCGCCUGCUCCUGGGGCUGCGCUGGCAGCGCCUGGAGGAGCCGUUGGGCUUCAUCAAAGUUCUCCAGUGGCUCUUUGCUAUUUUCGCCUUCGGGUCCUGCGGCUCUUACAGCGGGGAGACGGGAGCCUUGGUUCGCUGCAACAACGAAGCCAAGGAUGUGAGCUCCAUCAUUGUUUUGUUCGGCUAUCCCUUCAGGCUGUACCGGGUCCAGUAUGAGAUGCCUCUCUGUGAUGAAGACUCCACCUCCAAAACCAUGAACCUCAUGGGAGACUUCUCCACUCCUGCCGAGUUCUUUGUGACCCUUGGCAUCUUUUCCUUCUUCUAUACAAUGGCUGCCCUGGUCAUCUACCUGCGCUUCCACAAACUCUACACGGAGAACAAACGCUUCCCAUUGGUGGAUUUCUGUGUGACUGUCUCUUUCACCUUCUUUUGGCUGGUUGCUGCCGCUGCCUGGGGCAAGGGCUUGACUGAUGUCAAAGGGGCCACGCGGCCAUCCAGCCUGACUGCAGCCAUGUCUGUGUGCCAUGGAGAGGAGGCAGUGUGCAGUGCCGGGGCCACGCCCUCUAUGGGGCUGGCUAACAUCUCUGUGCUCUUUGGCUUUAUCAACUUCUUCCUGUGGGCUGGAAACUGUUGGUUUGUGUUCAAAGAGACCCCGUGGCAUGGACAAGGCCAGGACCAGGGCCAGGGCCCCAGCCAGGAGAGUGCAGCAGAACAGGGAGCAGUGGAGAAGCAGUGAGCAGCCUUCGUCUGCCUGCUCCGAACUGGACAGCACCUUUCAUCUCCUCCUGCUUCCACAGGACCUUCCUCCUCCUCCUCCUCCUCCUCCUCCUCCUCCUCCUCC